AUGACUCCAAUAUCGACGCAUUCAGCAAAAACGCAAAGCUUGCAGAUGGCCUACCAAGAGAACUUGCGUAAUACCGAUAUGAUCAUAAAAGAUGAGGGUGCACGGCGACUAAGAUUACGGAUUCUUAUGCUCGAGAACGAGAACGACGAAUUGCACGAACAGCUGGCUCUCAGCGAUGACCGGCAUGAUAUGCUAGAGCAGAGUGCUGAGGGGCUACGGGGACAAUUGUGCGAGACACAAGAGAAUCUCCGGCGGCAAGAUGUUGAGUUGAGGAUGCAGGGGAGGGAAUUGGUCAAUCUAAAGGCCGAAUUGAGUGCGAUGAAUGGUGUCACGAGCGAUUCCGCAAAGGUACUUACCGAGAAACUGUCACUUGCUCGUGAAUUAGCCGCCCUGAAGCCGGAGCUCGAGCAUCUGAAAUCCCAGGCGUUGUCUCAACAAACAAUCCUUGCCGAGAAACUGUCGCUUCAACGACAAGUCAGCACGCUUGAGGUGGAACUAGAAACCGAAAAACGUGCCUCGAAGCGUGCAGCACAAAAGACUCAAACCAGCGACCGGGAAACCGAGCUCCAGAAUCAACUCGACAACCUGAACAACGAAAUUGUUCGGGAAAGACGGGAGAGGGAUAAAGCACUGAAGGACUUGGAAAUGGACUUGCAGAAUCAACUGGACGAGGCCCAGAAAGCCCUGAUUCGCGAGAAUAAGGGCAAGGAUAAGGCGCGGAAGGAGGCCGAGUCUGAAGUGCAGAGGCAAGUCGAGGAUCUCCAAAAGCAAUUGGCCAAGGAGAAGAAAGGGAAGGACAAGGCGCGCAAGGAAGCCGAGGCGGAACUACGAAGCCAGAUCGAGGAGCUUCGAGAGGAGUUGGCUCAAGAAAAGAAGGGCAAGGAGAAGGCGCUGAAGGAAGUCCACUCAGACCUGCAGAAUCAGGUUGAUGAUCUUCAGAAGGAGUUAACUCUAGAGAAGAAGGGGAAGGAUAAGACGCGGAAGGAGAUGGAGGUGGAGUUCCAGAGCCAGGUUGAGGAGCUGCAGAAAGAUUUGGCUCGGGAAAGGCGAGGAAAGGAGGCACACGAGCAGAUCGAAGCUGAGUUGCAGAACCAGGUCAAGGAGCUCCAACAGGAACUUGCACGGAUAAAACGCGGCAAGACCAAGGCUAGCAAGGACGCCGACGCCGAGAUGCAGUCUCAAAUCGAAGAGCUCCAGAAGGAACUUGCACGGGAAAAGCGCAGCAAAGCAAAGGCCAGUAAAGAUGCCUAUGCCGAAUUACAGUCUCGUAUCGACGAGCUCCAGAAGGAAUUGGCGCGAGAGGAACGAAGCAAAGACACCUCACGCCUAGUAUCCGAGUCAGAAUUGCAAACUCAAAUCGAAACGUUAAGGAUCGAUCUGGGUCAGGAGAAGCGCGAGAGAGAGCAGGCACGCAAGGACGCAGAGAAGGAAAUGGCAGCUUUGCAAACCCGGGAAGCAGUACUCGAGAGUAAACUGGACCAAUUCCGUACUAAGCUCCGGACGACCAAGGACACGUUAAAGCAAUGUCAGGCAGACUUAGCAACUGCACAGGCUACGAUCACCAAAUCUGGAACAGCCAGCAAAGCAGAUGGUCCAGCGAUGAAGGGACGAAAGAGAGGGGCUCUGGAAUUGAGCACUGAUGUGGAGAUUGGCACACCGGACGGAGUUGCGGUCAGAGGAAAGAGAGGGCCGGUCAAACGGGGUAGAGCGGAUCAGUCAAUGGUCGGCGAAAAGUCUUUGUUUUCUAUUACGCCUUUCCUCAACCGCACUAUCACCAUCGCUAUGGACACACCCGAACAAGAGGCAGAACCAGAAGUCGCGGGAGAAGCGCAAGAGCGUGCAGAAGCUGAAGCUUCUCAAGAGCAGCCGCCAGCGUCCACGACAGCCGAUGAAAAUCAAGGUGGCUUAACCCCUUCGGCGGCCCCAAAGCUCAAGGCUCAGAGGAAAGCUCCGAAGUCAGCAAGCAACAUUCUCGGGGAGUCAGAAGCCAAUGCCAAAACCAGAAAGCCAGCUGUCAGGAGAGCACCUAAGAAAAUCGGCACAUUAUCACAAGUAAACGAAGAGGAAACCGGCGAGAACGAGAAUCCCGAGGCAUCUAUCCCAUUCCUGAUCAAGGAGACAGUGAAACCAGCAAAUGCAGCUAAGGCUCCCAAAGUUCAGCCAAAGACGGCUGCUGCUGACACGGAGGACGGAGCAAAGAAGAAGAAGCGCAAGCUGGGAGGAGGCACAAGUCUGUUCGACGAGGACGACGGAGAAGCUAGCAAACGCCCUGUAAAGAUUAAGCUUGGUGCUCCGAGAUUAUUGAACAAGGGCGGCUUGCCGGGGCCGAAGAGUGCUGUUGGCAUGGCGAGUGGGUUUGAGCUCAAACUUUCCUUGGCCACUUCAUCGUGGCCUCGCAUCUCAGCCUCGUGGUCCAAGCACUACCUCAAUUUUCUCCUUCUCAUCUCUCCUCUCAAUUCCUCACGAACUCAGAGUCCUAGACGCUCGGCUCUCCCGUCAUCUCCAUCGUCCGCCUCAGUGCCCAAGACAGCCAGCUACUUGAUGUCGGGCCCUGCAUCCCACGCGCUCCGCCGGGCCCAAUGCAUCUACUCGCAGCACAUCUCGCAACAGCUCUGGACCGUCCUGAAAGCCCCUGCGCUCUUCCCAGCGCCUCAAUGCUCGAUCCGACGCCCGUCAUCGUCCUCGACGAGGUGGAAGAGCAGGCAGGGGAGGGACUCGUUUGCGAGGGAGGCAAAGGUGCAGGGGCUGAAGAGUAGGGCUGCGUUUAAGCUUCUGGAAGUCGCGAUGGAGCGAACCAAACCUUCUGGCCGUAUCGUAGGCAUCGACAUCAUCCCCGCGCAGCCCCCCAAAGGCGUCUCCACCAUCCAAGGCAACUUCCUGUCUCCAGGCGUACAGCAAGAAGUCAAGCGCUUCCUGGAGGAUCCGGAUCGUGGACGCCCGAGACAGCAUGUCUUCUCGACGGUGCAAGCCACCGACGGUAUGGAAAACGCACAGGACCAUGAAACGAGAGUCCUGUUGCCGGAGGUGGAGGAGAGUUAUAUCGAUUUGGAGCGCCACGCAGCCAGGGAUCAAGAGAUGAGCGAGGGGACCGAAGAAGGCGAGAAAGAAGAAGAGCCGAAAAGGAGAGGAAGAGGCAGGAGACAAGAGGAUGGGAAGUUGGUCGACGUGGUGCUGAGUGACAUGUCCGAACCCUGGCCGCAGACGAGCGGUUUCUGGAAGAGAAGUCUAAGUGACCCGUAUAUUAGGAUGAUGAAUACGAGCGGCAUCAACUUCAAAGACCACGCGGGCAGUAUGGAUUUGUGUGCAGCUGCGCUCCAGUUCGCACAUGACACCCUGAGGGUCGGAGGGCAUUUCGUGUGCAAGUUCUAUCAAGGAAGCGAGGACAAGGAGCUGGAGAGGCAACUGAGAACUAUGUUCAAGUCUGUGCACAGGGAGAAGCCAGAAAGUUCGCGGAGUGUGCUAGGAAUCGAAAGAGGCGUUUUUCGUUGCGUUAAGGAGGAGGAGUGA